AUGGGUGCAUCAGGCUUAGGUUCUGGUUUAGCAAAUUGCAUUAAUCUAUCAAAUUUGACACUUGAACUUAUUUGGAAUUAAAUUGGUGACGAAGGUGCAUCAGGCUUAGGUUCUGGUUUAGCAAAUUGCAUUAAUCUCUCAAAUUUGACACUUAAACUUUAGGAUAAUGAUAUUGGUGAUGAAGGUGCAUCAGACUUAGGUUCUGGUUUAGCAAAUUGCAUUAAUCUCUCAAAUUUGACACUUAACCUUCUUUACAAUAAAAUUGAUGCAAUGGGUGCAUCAGGCUUAGGUUCUGGUUUAGCAAAUUGCAUUAAUCUCUCAAAUUUGACACUUGAACUUAGGGAAAAUCAUAUUGGUGAUGAAGGUGCAUCAGACUUAGGUUCUGGUUUAGCAAAUUGCAUUAAUCUCUCAAAUUUGACACUUGAACUUAGGGAUAAUCAUAUUGGUGACAAAGGUGCAUCAGGCUUAGGUUCUGGUUUAGCAAAUUGCAUUAAUCUCUCAAAUUUGACACUUGACCUUUAGUAAAAACAGUUUAUUUGUUUUGGAUUGUGA